GUCGUGUUCACUAGCAACCCAGAAACAGACACUAUGGUGCACCUGUCUAAUGAGGAGAAGGCUGCCGUCACCAGUCUGUGGGGGAAGGUGAACGUGGAAGAAACUGGUGGUGAGGCCCUGGG